AUGGCAAAAUUCUGGAUCAUUUGGUUUCUGUUUCUCGUGUUCCUAAUCUCAGGUUGUUCAUCAGCUUCAGCCACCCCUGCGGCUAAAAUUGUUGGUGGGGUGGUCACAAAUGUCGCUUCUGCGCUUUUUAAAUGGCUGUGGUCGCUCAAAUCAACUACUAAACCAGAAAUUUCAAGCCGCUCUAUGAUGAAAUUUGAGGGUGGCUAUACUGUUGAGACCGUCUUUGAUGGAAGCAAGCUCGGAAUUGAACCUUACUCGGUGGAAGUAUCGCCGUCCGGAGACCUCUUAGUUCUUGAUUCUCAAAAUAGCAAUGUUUACAAGAUGUCUACGCCAUUGUCACGGUAUAGCAAGCCCAAGUUGGUUGCUGGAUCACCUGAAGGAUACUCAGGGCAUGUUGAUGGCAGGCCAAGAGAAUCCAGGAUGAACCAUCCUAAAGGGUUGACAAUUGAUGACCGAGGGAAUAUAUAUGUUGCCGAUACUAUGAAUAUGGCCAUUAGGAAAAUAAGUGACAAUGGGGUGGUGACAAUUGCUGGGGGGAAAUGGAGCCGAGGAGGAGGUCAUAUUGAUGGCCCAAGUGAAGAUGCAAAAUUUUCAGAUGAUUUUGAUUUGGUAUAUGUGGCUAGCAGUUGUUCACUUUUGAUUGUGGACAGAGGAAACCAGGCAAUUCGAGAAAUUCAACUGCAUGAUGGUGAUUGUUCUGAACACCAAGUUGAUGACCAAACUAAUUUAGGUAUAGCGGUGCUUGUUGCUGCUGGUUUUUUUGGCUACAUGUUGGCCUUGUUACAACGUAGAGUUGCAGCUAUAUUUUCCUCCGACAGUCUAAGUGAUACAAUAACUCCUGUAAAGGGCAUGCCUGCAGCACCAUAUCAGAGGCAUCAUCCCCAACCAAUAAGACCUCCACUAAUCCCGACACAAGGCGAAUAUGAGAAACCAGAAGAAGAUGGCCUAUUUAGUUCAUUGGGAAGACUUUUUGUUAACACUGGAUCAUCUGUUCUGGAAAUAUUUGGUGGGCUAUUCUCGGGUUCCAGAAAAAAGCCAUCUCACCAUCACCUUCAACAGCAAUAUCAUCAUCGGUCCAGGCAAUCAUCGAAUGCUUGGCCAAUGCAAGAAAGUUACGUGAUUCCAGAUGGAGAUGAGCCUCCUUCAGUAGAAUCAAGAGAUCAUACACCAAGAAAAGUCUACCCCAUGAUGACAAAAGAUAUCGAAAAGAGCCGACACCAUAAGCAAAGUCGACCUAAUUACUAUGGUGGAUGGAACGCAGAUUUUCACCAGCAGCAACAACAGCAAUAUCAUCCUCAAGUUCAGGCGGUUCAGCAACUGCAUAAACAUCAUCAGCAUCAGGAUCAGCAGCAUCAACAACAUCAACACCAGCAGCAUCAUCAGAAGCACCAGACUUCUAGAUCUCAGACAUAUUACGAACAGAAUUGCGAGGCCAACGAGAUUGUGUUUGGAGCAGUUCAGGAGCAGGAUGGAAGGCGUGAAGCAAUGGUGAUUAAGGCCGUUGAUUAUAGUGAUCCAAUGUACAAUAAUAACAACAUCCGUUCUAGAUAUAACUAUAUGGGAUAUUCGUCGUAUGGGUAUUGA